UCGAUUGGUCCGAAUCCCCAGAAGCAACAGUCAUUCUCUGUUUUCAUAUGAACACUCUUCAUCCUCAGAAGCAGGAAGAAGAAGAAGAAGAAGAAGAAGAAGAUGAAGCAGCAGCAGCGAGAUACGAAUGGGAUAUUUCUCUCUCCACCGUCGUCUCUUCUUCCUCCUCCGCCUCUGACGUCAUCGGAGCUAUUGAGUUCGACCCGACCGAUAACAUCCUCGCCACCGCCGGAAUUUCUAGAAAGAUUCGUUUUUACGGUCUCCCUUCUCUCUUACGGGCCAACGCCGGAAUCUCCGGAGGAGGAGGAGGAGUCUCAUUCGUCGAUCAUACCACCGCCUGCGAGUAUUACAUCUGUACGCCGGCGAAGCUCAGUAGUCUCCGAUGGAGACCCGGGUCGGGCGGUCGGGUCAUCGGGUCGGGAGAUUACGACGGCGUCGUCACGGAGUACGACCUCGAGAAAAGGACGCCCGUUUUCGAGAGGGACGAGCACGGUGGCCGACGCGUCUGGAGCGUGGAUUACACGCGACACGGUGGCGCCGCCGCUGUGGGAGCGUCGGGAUCGGACGACGGGACUAUGCAGGUUUGGGAUCCGAGGUGUCCGCCGGAGGAAACUGUCGGCGUUGUCCGACCGGCCGGACAUUGCCGGAGCGCCGUUUGUUGCGUUGAGUUCGAUCCUUCCGGCGGACCCGCGGUGGCCGUUGGAUGCGCUGAUCGGAGAGGGUACGUGUACGACAUGAGGAAACUCGUUGACCCAGCGUUGACUUUGCAAGGUCACUCUAAAACGGUGUCGUAUGUGAGGUUCCUCGACGGUGGUACGGUGGUGACGGCAGGCACGGACGGAUGUCUGAAGAUGUGGAGCGUGGAGGACGGGUGCGUGAUUCGCACGUACGAGGGGCACGUGAACAGUCGGAACUUCGUGGGGUUGUCUGUGUGGAGAAACGGCGCGCUGUUUGGUUGCGGAUCGGAGAAUAACAGGGUGUUCGUGUACGAUAAGAGGUGGGGGAAGCCGGUUUGGGUAGACGGGUAUGAACCGGUUGGUAUUUCUUCUGGUUCGGAUAAGCGGUUCGUGAGUAGCGUUUGCUGGAGGCAAUCAGGUGUGGACCAGUGCACGCUAGUGGCUGCGGGAUCUGAUGGAGUAUUGCAGGUUUACGUGGGCAAAAGAAAGCCUUAGCUAUAGAGUAUUAUUCUUGUUAAUUUAUAUCAUUACUAUCUUUUACGAAUUAUGAUGCUUCUUCUUGAUUUUUUUUACUUUUUCAAAUUUAAUUUCCUACCUGAGAUUUUGCUGCAGUUGUGACUUGUGAGAGCGUUCGAUCUGUCUUGAUUCUAUUUAUAAAGGAUUUUUUUAGUUAUUAUACAUUUUCUUAAAAAUGUAAUU